AUGGUCGCCCACACCUUAUGUUACAGAGACCAUAACGACAUCUUCUCCCGGCUACUCAAAGAGCGGAUAAUAUGUCUGAACGGCGAAGUGGAUGAAGCCACCUCGGCCUCCAUCGUAGCCCAACUCCUCUUCCUCGAAGCCGACAACCCCGAGAAACCCAUCAAUCUCUACAUCAACUCGCCCGGCGGCUCAGUCACAGCAGGUCUUGCAAUCUACGACACCAUGACCUACAUCCGCUCCCCAGUAACCACCAUCUGCGUCGGCCAGGCCGCCAGCAUGGGCUCUCUCCUUCUUUGCGGCGGCGCGCCCAAGAGUCGUUUUUGUCUACCCCACAGCUCGAUCAUGGUGCACCAGCCCAGCGGCGGAUACCACGGACAAGCAUCGGACAUUGCAAUCCACGCAAAGGAGAUUCUGCGCGUAAGAAAACAGUUGAACGAGAUAUACCAGCGACAUUUGACAAAGGAACACUCUCUGGAUGAGAUAGAGAAGUUUAUGGAGAGAGACUACUUCAUGAGUGCGCAGGACGCGCUGGAGAUGGGGAUUGUGGACCGGAUACUGACGAAUCGGGCGGAUGAGGAGAGGGAGAGCGAGCAGAGGUGA